AUGGGAGCAGCAGAGGGGACAUGGAAGCAGCAGAGGGGACAGAGAACAGGAGACCUCACACAGACCUCACACAGACCUCACAGCGGACCUCACACAGACCUCACACAGACCUCACAGCAGACCUCACAGCAGACCUCACAGCGGACCUCACACAGACCUCACAGCGGACCUCACACAGACCUCACAGCAGACCUCACACAGACCUCACAGCGGACCUCACUGCAGACCUCACUGCAGACCUCACACAGACCUCACAGCGGACCUCACUGCAGACCUCACUGCAGACCUCACACAGACCUCACUGCAGACCUCACUGCAGACCUCACACAGACCUCACAGCGGACCUCACUGCAGACCUCACACAGACCUCACAGCAGACCUCACACAGACCUCACACAGACCUCACAGCAGACCUCACAGCGGACCUCACACAGACCUCACAGCGGACCUCACACAGACCUCACAGCAGACCUCACACAGACCUCACAGCGGACCUCACAGCGGACUUCACAGCGGACCUCACACAGACCUCACAGCGGACCUCACUGCAGACCUCACACAGACCUCACACAGACCUCACAGCGGACCUCACAGCGGACCUCACAGCGGACCUCACACAGACCUCACAGCGGACCUCACUGCAGACCUCACACAGACCUCACACAGACCUCACACAGACCUCACACAGACCUCACACAGACCUCACACAGACCUCACACAGACCUCACAGCGGACCUCACAGCGGACCUCACUGCAGACCUCACACAGACCUCACAGCGGACCUCACACAGACCUCACACAGACCUCACAGCAGACCUCACACAGACCUCACACAGACCUCACAGCGGACCUCACAGCGGACCUCACAGCGGACCUCACACAGACCUCACAGCGGACCUCACUGCAGACCUCACUGCAGACCUCACACAGACCUCACACAGACCUCACAGCAGACCUCACAGCGGACCUCACACAGACCUCACAGCGGACCUCACAGCAGACCUCACAGCAGACCUCACAGCGGACCUCACUGCAGACCUCACAGCAGACCUCACAGCGGACCUCACAGCAGACCUCACACAGACCUCACAGCGGACCUCACUGCAGACCUCACAGCAGACCUCACAGCGGACCUCACAGCGGACCUCACUGCAGACCUCACACUGGACCUCACAGCGGACCUCACAGCGGACCUCACAGUGGACCUCACACAGACCUCACAGUGGACCUCACUGCAGACCUCACAGCGGACCUCACACAGACCUCACAGCGGACCUCACUGCAGACCUCACACAGACCUCACAGCGGACCUCACAGCAGACCUCACAGCAGAUCUCACACAGACCUCACAGUGGACCUCACACAGACCUCACAGUGGACCUCACUGCAGACCUCACAGCGGACCUCACACAGACCUCACAGCGGACCUCACUGCAGACCUCACACAGACCUCACAGCGGACCUCACAGCAGACCUCACAGCAGAUCUCACACAGACCUCACAGCGGACCUCACACAGACCUCACAGCGGACCUCACUGCAGACCUCCCAGCAGACCUCACAGCGGACCUCACAGCGGACCUCACACAGACCUCACAGUGGACCUCACUGCAGACCUCACAGCGGACCUCACUGCAGACCUCACACAGACCUCACAGCGGACCUCACAGCAGACCUUACACAGACCUCACAGCGGACCUCACACAGACCUCACAGCGGACCUCACAGCAGACCUCACAGCGGACCUCACAGUGGACCCUCACACAGACCUCACACAGACCUCACAGCAGACCUCACAGCAGACCUCACACAGACCUCACAGCGGACCUCACGCAGACCUCACACAGACCUCACACAGACCUCACAGCGGACCUCACACAGACCUCACACAGACCUCACACAGACCUCACAGCGGACCUCACAGCAGACCUCACAGCGGACCUCACAGCGGACCUCACACAGACCUCACACAGACCUCACAGCGGACCUCACAGCUGACCUCACAGCAGACCUCACACAGACCUCACAGCGGACCUCACAGCUGACCUCACAGCAGACCUCACACAGACCUCACAGCGGACCUCACUGCAGACCUCACUGCAGACCUCACACAGACCUCACAGCAGACCUCACAGCAGACCUCACAGCAGACCUCACACAGACCUCACACAGACCUCACACAGACCUCACACAGACCUCACACAGACCUCACAGACCUCACACAGACCUCACAGCGGACCUCACACAGACCUCACAGCGGACCUCACACAGACCUCACACAGACCUCACAGCGGACCUCACAGCGGACCUCACAGCGGACCUCACACAGACCUCACAGCGGACCUCACUGCAGACCUCACUGCAGACCUCACACAGACCUCACACAGACCUCACAGCAGACCUCACAGCGGACCUCACACAGACCUCACAGCGGACCUCACACAGACCUCACAGCGGACCUCACACAGACCUCACAGCAGACCUCACACAGACCUCACACAGACCUCACACAGACCUCACACAGACCUCACACAGACCUCACACAGACCUCACACAGACCUCACACAGACCUCACACAGACCUCACAGCGGACCUCACACAGACCUCACACAGACCUCACAGCAGACCUCACACAGACCUCACACAGACCUCACAGCGGACCUCACAGCGGACCUCACACAGACCUCACAGCGGACCUCACUGCAGACCUCACUGCAGACCUCACACAGACCUCACACAGACCUCACAGCAGACCUCACAGCGGACCUCACACAGACCUCACAGCGGACCUCACAGCAGACCUCACAGCAGACCUCACAGCGGACCUCACUGCAGACCUCACAGCAGACCUCACAGCGGACCUCACAGCAGACCUCACACAGACCUCACAGCGGACCUCACUGCAGACCUCACAGCAGACCUCACAGCGGACCUCACAGCGGACCUCACUGCAGACCUCACACUGGACCUCACAGCGGACCUCACAGCGGACCUCACAGUGGACCUCACACAGACCUCACAGUGGACCUCACUGCAGACCUCACAGCGGACCUCACACAGACCUCACAGCGGACCUCACUGCAGACCUCACACAGACCUCACAGCGGACCUCACAGCAGACCUCACAGCAGAUCUCACACAGACCUCACAGUGGACCUCACACAGACCUCACAGUGGACCUCACUGCAGACCUCACAGCGGACCUCACACAGACCUCACAGCGGACCUCACUGCAGACCUCACACAGACCUCACAGCGGACCUCACAGCAGACCUCACAGCAGAUCUCACACAGACCUCACAGCGGACCUCACACAGACCUCACAGCGGACCUCACUGCAGACCUCCCAGCAGACCUCACAGCGGACCUCACACAGACCUCACAGUGGACCUCACUGCAGACCUCACAGCGGACCUCACUGCAGACCUCACACAGACCUCACAGCGGACCUCACAGCAGACCUUACACAGACCUCACAGCGGACCUCACACAGACCUCACAGCGGACCUCACAGCAGACCUCACAGCGGACCUCACAACCUCACACAGACCUCACAGCGGACCUCACAGCUGACCUCACAGCAGACCUCACACAGACCUCACAGCGGACCUCACUGCAGACCUCACUGCAGACCUCACACAGACCUCACAGCAGACCUCACAGCAGACCUCACAGCAGACCUCACACAGACCUCACACAGACCUCACACAGACCUCACACAGACCUCACACACAGACCUCACAGCAGACCUCACAGCGGACCUCACACAGACCUCACAGCGGACCUCACACAGACCUCACACAGACCUCACAGCGGACCUCACAGCGGACCUCACAGCGGACCUCACACAGACCUCACAGCGGACCUCACUGCAGACCUCACUGCAGACCUCACACAGACCUCACACAGACCUCACAGCAGACCUCACAGCGGACCUCACACAGACCUCACAGCGGACCUCACACAGACCUCACAGCGGACCUCACACAGACCUCACAGCAGACCUCACACAGACCUCACACAGACCUCACACAGACCUCACACAGACCUCACAGCGGACCUCACAGCGGACCUCACUGCAGACCUCACACAGACCUCACACAGACCUCACAGCGGACCUCACACAGACCUCACACAGACCUCACAGCAGACCUCACACAGACCUCACACAGACCUCACAGCGGACCUCACAGCGGACCUCACAGCGGACCUCACACAGACCUCACAGCGGACCUCACUGCAGACCUCACUGCAGACCUCACACAGACCUCACACAGACCUCACAGCAGACCUCACAGCGGACCUCACACAGACCUCACAGCGGACCUCACAGCAGACCUCACAGCAGACCUCACAGCGGACCUCACUGCAGACCUCACAGCAGACCUCACAGCGGACCUCACAGCAGACCUCACACAGACCUCACAGCGGACCUCACUGCAGACCUCACAGCAGACCUCACAGCGGACCUCACAGCGGACCUCACUGCAGACCUCACACUGGACCUCACAGCGGACCUCACAGCGGACCUCACAGUGGACCUCACACAGACCUCACAGUGGACCUCACUGCAGACCUCACAGCGGACCUCACACAGACCUCACAGCGGACCUCACUGCAGACCUCACACAGACCUCACAGCGGACCUCACAGCAGACCUCACAGCAGAUCUCACACAGACCUCACAGUGGACCUCACACAGACCUCACAGUGGACCUCACUGCAGACCUCACAGCGGACCUCACACAGACCUCACAGCGGACCUCACUGCAGACCUCACACAGACCUCACAGCGGACCUCACAGCAGACCUCACAGCAGAUCUCACACAGACCUCACAGCGGACCUCACACAGACCUCACAGCGGACCUCACUGCAGACCUCCCAGCAGACCUCACAGCGGACCUCACAGCGGACCUCACACAGACCUCACAGUGGACCUCACUGCAGACCUCACAGCGGACCUCACUGCAGACCUCACACAGACCUCACAGCGGACCUCACAGCAGACCUCACAGCAGACCUUACACAGACCUCACAGCGGACCUCACACAGACCUCACAGCGGACCUCACAGCAGACCUCACAGCGGACCUCACAGUGGACCUCACACAGACCUCACACAGACCUCACAGCAGACCUCACAGCAGACCUCACACAGACCUCACAGCGGACCUCACACAGACCUCACACAGACCUCACAGCGGACCUCACACAGACCUCACACAGACCUCACACAGACCUCACAGCGGACCUCACAGCAGACCUCACAGCGGACCUCACAGCGGACCUCACACAGACCUCACACAGACCUCACAGCGGACCUCACAGCUGACCUCACAGCAGACCUCACACAGACCUCACACAGACCUCACAGCAGACCUCACACAGACCUCACAGCGGACCUCACACAUACCUCACAGCAGACCUCACACAGACCUCACAGCGGACCUCACAGCUGACCUCACAGCGGACCUCACACAUACCUCACAGCAGACCUCACACAUACCUCACAGCAGACCUCACACAUACCUCACAGCAGACCUCACAGCGGACCUCACAGCAGACCUCACAGCGGACCUCACAGCGGACCUCACAGCGGACCUCACAGCGGACCUCACAGCAGGCCUCUCUCUCUCUUCUCUCCUGUAUCUGGUCAACUCCGGCAACAACCAUCAUUAA